AGAGUAAAAGAUGUUCACGCUGUAACAUGUUCUAUGUUGGAGAAACUGGCCGCCGAUUAGGUGAUCGUUUAAGGCACCACCUUUACGACAUUCGCAAGAAAGAUUUAUCUAAACCAGUUGCUCGGCACUUUAACUCUGCUAAUCACUCUGAGCUUAAUGCUAUUGUUUUUGGUCUGUGUUUAACCCACUGCAGCAACAAUCAUCGUAAAACAAAAGAAAUGCGCUUAAUUCAUUCACUUGGCACCGUUAAUCCCCACGGGAUGAACGAACGCUUCGCUUAUAACUAAGUUAUUUCCCACCUAUUGUUGUUUUCGAUCCUUUUGUUUUCCUUUGUUAAAUGGCUUGCUUUUUUCUUAUUGGUUUGUUUUCUCUCUCCUCUACUAUAUAAACAUCUCUUUUACUCUUACUUUCUAUUGACUCCGACGAAGGACUAACGUCCGAAACGUCAGUUACUAUUUUCUGUUGAUCUAUGCUGUUCUUUGUAUUAGCAUGCCUAUAAAUGCGGAUUGCAUGAAUGCAGAUUUAUAUGCACACAAGAUGACUGACACAACUCUGAAAGACGAUGUUCCUAAGGCUGGAAAGUACAACAAGCCAUUACUUGAACGCCAAAGACGAGCAAGAAUCAAUAAAAGCCUAGAACAGAUUAAGGAACUCAUUCUCUCCAGCUUAUACCAAGACGAUCCCAAGACGUUUGCUGAAAAGAACAAUGAACGGAUGGACAAAGCAGAAAUACUGGAAUUCGCCGUGGAUCAUAUCAAAGACCUGACAUUUAUGCGCUAUGCUUCGAGAACGACUAAAAGAACGAGCAGUCCUCCAACACUACACGACCAAAUGAUCGAGCCACGCUUACAGUACCUAAACUAUUCAUCACCUACACCAGCUAUGCCUCAUACAAAUUAUCUUGCAUCGAAACGCCCGAGACUCGAACCCCAGCCCUGGAUGAACCUAAUUCGAUGCACAGAUCGCUGUUGUGUUCAAUACUACGGGAAUAUUAGCCCGAUCCCUUCGCCAACGCUUUCUACGGAUCAUGGUGAUGUUGAUGAAAAGAUUAAUGAGCAAACUAAAGUCAAGGAAUCGUUAGAUUACAGUAACAGCGUUUGGAGACCUUGGUAGAUUUUUGUUACUUCGAUUAGUAGUUAAUUUAUUUAAUCAAGCAGUUGGUUUAGAAUUUUUUACAGUGUUGGAAAACACUAUAUCUAUGCGAAAAUUUGUACAUAAAACUAAAAUAGGUUUACAGUGACAAAUUUCACGAGUUCUUUUUUCUUUGUUUUUGAAGCAGUGAGGGCAGCCCUUACAAGCUGAUGAUGAAUAAUUUUAAAAAGGCAAACAAAAAUUUGAUGUCAAAUUACAAAAACUAGUAUACUUAAUAUUGUAAUCUGCUGGUCAGACGUUGUCAUUGAAAUACAAAUAAAGUAAACAAAGUUGUCAAAA